GUAUUUCAACGAGUAAACGUCGUAUUAACAAAACUAAAGAAAAAUGACUGGCCGUGGUAAAGGAGGAAAGGGUCUCGGUAAAGGAGGCGCCAAACGUCAUCGUAAAGUAUUGCGUGAUAACAUCCAAGGUAUCACCAAGCCCGCUAUCCGUCGUCUUGCACGUCGUGGUGGUGUCAAGCGUAUCUCUGGCUUGAUCUACGAAGAAACUCGUGGAGUCUUGAAAGUUUUCUUGGAAAACGUCAUCCGUGAUGCCGUCACAUACACUGAGCAUGCCAAGCGUAAGACCGUCACAGCCAUGGAUGUCGUCUAUGCUUUGAAACGCCAAGGCCGCACAUUGUACGGUUUCGGAGGUUAAAUAACUACAUUUCACUGGACAUCGCAUACUACGAACAAACGGUCCUUUUCAGGACCAACAAAAAUACAAAAGAAA